CAUGCAGGCAGGGCUCGGGGUCCUGAGGGCAUCGCUGCUGAUCUCUGCCUCGCCUGCCGCCCGACCACAUCAGCCUCCGAAGACAGCGCCGGGACGGCCGAGCUAACCCUCGCCAAUGGAUGACGGAUUAUCAGCCAACAGCGUGGACUUGGAGCCAAACUGGGAACAGGACCGCUAAGCACUUGCUGCCCAACAGCCGACCCAGGAGAGACGUAGCCGAGCUGGAGACCGCAGGAAGACAUGAGAGCAGUAUUGGUAGGCGUCCUCCUCUCUCUCCUCUCCUGUCCAGCCCACACCUGCCCGAAGGAGUGUAGCUGCGACAGCAACGCCAAAGUGGUGGACUGUCGCGGGCAGGGACUUUACGACAUCCCCAAACGGCUCCACGCGGACACGCAGGAGCUGUAUCUCCAGGGCAACCGCAUCCGGGGGCUGGGGUCCAGUGCCUUCCGGGAGACGCCCCUCGUCCGCAUCCUCGAUCUGUCCAAUAACUCCAUAACCUCUGUGUCGCCGUCUGCCCUUUUGGGUCUGAGGACUCUGCACCGCCUCAGUCUGGCCAACAAUGGCCUGCGAGAGCUCGACAAGCGAAUGCUGGGACCAAUCCGCUCGCUCUCACACCUGGACCUGUCCCACAACAGUCUAUGGAGCUUGCCGGGGGCCAUGGGGGACAGUCUGAGGAACCUAAGCCACCUGGGUCUGGCCCAUAACCGGCUAACGCGACUGGACCGCUCCCUGUUGGAGGCCCUGGGUGGCCUGGACAGCCUGACGCUGCGAGGAAACCCCUGGAGAUGUGACUGCCAGCUGAUAGGCCUCAAACUCUGGCUGGAAACCUACCUCUUCAAAGGCGGUGUGCUGGAUGAGGUGCUGUGCUCCCAGCCGGAGGAGAUGAGGAACAGAGACCUCCAGAGAGUCCCCUACCAACUAUUCCACGCCUGCAUGACCACCAGCUACAACUACCUGUUCGCCAAUAUACACCACCUGGAAUCUGAGAGGAUGCUACGAGGCCACGCCCACGGGAACCACGCCCACCACGACAGCCACGCCCAUAACGUCCUCGUGGGUGACGGGGAGGGGUUUGGCGGAACGGGCGUUGGCGGGGUAGGAGGAGGAGGAGGAGGAGGUAGCCUGCCGGAGUGCGAGCCCAAGCAGAGGCCGCGGCCCGUGAACCUGCGCCACGCCAUCGCCACGGUGAUCAUCACGGGCGUGGUGUGCGGGAUCGUCUGCCUGAUGAUGCUGGCGGCCGCGGUGUACGGCUGCGCCUACGCCGCCAUCAUGGCCAAGUACCAGCGGGAGCUGAAGGAGAAUGAGGAGUUGGCGGCGGCACAAGGUGCGGAUCAUGCCACGGCGGACGACAAGGAACCCCUGGAGAACGCCAUCGCCUAGGAGAUGGUACCACAGGCCCUGAACUUUGAACCUGGACCUGACCCCUUUAAACCUGCAUCUAUCCGACUCCAAAAAUGGAUGGCAUGUGUGAAUGUGUGCAUUCACGUGUUUGUAUGUGUGUAUGUAAAAUCAUGAACCAUCUACCUAACGGGUUCCUUCCGGGUCAGGUGUCCAGCGAGGGUCACGGCUGAAGUAAUGG